CAGUCCCCCUUUUCACUGUAGGCUGGCAGCAGUCCUAACUGCCUACUGAAGCCAAAUGCUUGAGGAGAGAGAAAGCAAGGAGCCAGCCAUGAAUCCUUUCCAGAAAAAUGAGUCCAAAGAAACUCUUUUUUCACCUGUCUCUACUGAAGAGGUGCUGUCUAAACCUCCAAGUCUUCCAGAGAAGUCAUUGCCGAAAAUCUGCGGCUCCAGCUACCCACUCAGCAUCGCCUUCAUCGUGGUGAACGAAUUCUGUGAGCGCUUCUCCUAUUAUGGCAUGAAAGCUGUGCUGACCCUGUAUUUCCUGUAUUUCCUGCACUGGAGUGAAGACACUUCCACAUCUGUAUACCAUGCCUUCAGCAGCCUCUGCUAUUUCACGCCCAUCUUGGGGGCAGCCAUCGCUGACUCAUGGCUGGGAAAAUUCAAGACAAUCAUCUAUCUCUCCCUGGUGUACGUUCUUGGCCAUGUAUUCAAGUCUUUGGGUGCCAUACCAAUCCUGGGAGGAAAAACACUACAUACAAUCUUAUCACUGCUUGGCCUGAGUCUAAUAGCUCUGGGGACAGGAGGUAUCAAACCGUGUGUGGCAGCUUUUGGCGGAGACCAGUUUGAAGAAAAACAUGCAGAUGCUCGGACUAGAUACUUCUCAGUCUUCUACCUCUCCAUCAAUGCAGGAAGCUUGAUUUCUACGUUCAUCACACCCAUGCUGAGAGGAGAUGUGAAGUGUUUUGGGGAAGACUGCUAUGCACUUGCUUUUGGAAUUCCAGGGCUGCUCAUGGUACUAGCUCUUGUUGUGUUUGCAAUGGGAAGCAAGAUGUACCGAAAACCCCCUCCCGAAGGGAACAUAGUGGCUCAAGUUAUCAAAUGCAUAUGGUUUGCUGUCUGCAACCGCUUCAGGAACCAUUCUGGGGACGUUCCGCAGCGACAGCACUGGCUAGACUGGGCAGCUGAAAAAUACCCCAAGCACCUCAUUACGGAUGUGAAGGCACUGACCCGGGUACUGUUCCUCUAUAUCCCACUGCCCAUGUUCUGGGCUCUUUUGGACCAACAGGGCUCGCGGUGGACCCUGCAAGCCAACAAAAUGAAUGGGAAUUUGGGAUUUUUUGUGCUUCAGCCGGAUCAGAUGCAGGUACUGAAUCCCUUCCUGGUUCUUAUCUUCAUCCCGUUGUUUGACCUUAUCAUUUAUCGGCUGAUCUCCAAGUGUGGAAUCCACUUCUCAUCACUUAGGAAGAUGGCUGUUGGUAUGAUCCUAGCAUGCCUGGCAUUUGCAGUUGCAGCACUUGUAGAGAUAAAAAUAAAUGGAAUGACCCAUCCCCAGCCAGCUUCCCAGGAGAUUUUCCUACGGGUCUUGAACUUGGCAGAUGGUGAGAUAAAGAUGACGGUGCUAGGAAGUAGAAAGAAGUUUCUCUUGGUGGACUCCAUCAGCUCUUUUCAGAACACAACGCGCUACUCCAAAGUGCACCUGGAGACAAGAAGCGAAGAUUUGCAUUUUUAUCUCAAUUAUUACAACUUGUCUGUCCAUAAUGAGCACUCUGUGGAGGAGAAGAGCUGCUAUCAGCUGGUUGUUCAUGAGGACGGGGGCAGCAUCUCCAGUAUGCUGGUGAAGGAUACAGGAAUCAAACCAGCCAAUGGGAUGACAGCCCUCAGGUUUAUUAACACUUUGCAUAAAGACAUCAACAUCUCCUUGGAUACAGAUGCUCCCCUCAGUGUGGGCAAAGACUAUGGAGUAUCUGCAUACCAAACCUUGCCAAGAGGAAAGUAUCCUGCAGUGCACUGUGAGACAGAAGACAAAGGCUUUUCUCUCGAUUUAGGUCAGCUAGACUUUGGCACAACGUAUUUGUUUGUGAUCACUAAUAUCACCAAUCAGGGUGUUCAGGCUUGGAAGAUAGAAGACACCCCAGACAAGAAGCUAUCCAUUUUGUGGCAGCUACCACAGUACAUCCUGGUUACAGCAGCAGAGGUCAUGUUCUCUGUCACAGGGCUUGAGUUCUCUUAUUCUCAGGCACCAUCCAGCAUGAAAUCUGUGCUCCAGGCAGCCUGGCUGUUGACAGUUGCCGUUGGAAAUGUCAUUGUGCUUGUUGUGGCGCAGUUCAGUGGCCUGGUCCAGUGGGCCGAAUUUGUUUUGUUUUCCUGCCUCCUGCUGGUGGUCUGCCUGAUCUUCUCCAUCAUGAGCUACUACUAUGUGCCUCUAGAGUCAGACAAUCUUCAUGAGCCAGCAAAGAAGCAGCAGGUCCCUCACACUCAGGCCAAUAUGAUCAACCUGGAGACCAGGAAUACAAGGCUCUGACAACUCUCUCGCUGGACUGAUAGCCAAUU